AUGGACAAUACUACAUCCGGCUCUAAUGCCAUUGCCGAUACCAAUUUAUCACUGGCUAUCCGAAGUAAUCGAGGUUGUUGGACUUGUAGAAUUAGGAAAAAGAAAUGUGAUGAAUUACAACCUGGUUGCUCGAGAUGUGCCGAUGUUAAUGUAGAAUGUCGAUAUGGUCCAAAACCAAAAUGGAUAGAUGAUCCAAAAUUUGGGAAAAUAGAAUUGGAGAGGAUUAAAGCUAUUGUUGCUGCAUCCGCAAAUAAAAAGAGAGCCGCAUUUCGUGCGAGGAAAACUUCAAAUCCUACAUCAUCAUUACUCAAAUCAACACCAAAAUCAUCUAGUACGACGAAAAACCCUGGGAAAGAAAGCAAGCUUUCAAGUAUUGACAAUGUCGUCUCAAAAUCUACUAACAUGGAAAUGGUCCAUGAUAAAACCAUUGAACCUAAAUCUUCAUUAUUUCCAAAAUGGAUCGAGGAUCAAGAAGCAAGUUUAAUGAUGCAUUACCUCGAUCAUGUUUUCUUUAUCCAAUUUCGUUUUCAUACUCCAUCAUUAUCAUCUGGAAGAGGAUGGCUUUUAUCAUUAUUGAUCAGAACGAAACCUCUCUAUCAUGCAGCCUUGAGUUUAAGUGCUUUUCAUCGUCAAUCACUUCUUGUAGAACAGGAAAGUGGUCAAGCUGAGAUAGAUUAUCUUCAUGAAUUACGACAUCAUCAUGAUUUGACUCUGAAAGAGUUGAGAAAUUUUAUUCAAUCUAAUAAUAAAAAUGUUUCUGAGCAAGGUGCAUUUGAUGGAAAUAUUCAAAUUCUUGCUUGCAUGAUUCAAUUGAUUUCUUUUGAGCUCUUUCAUGGAGGUGUUAGCAAUUGGCAAGUUCAUCUACGAGCUGCAUCAGAACUUAUAUUGAUACUUCAUGAAGUAUCAAAUGGCGGUAUACCAAGUUCCGAGACAUCAUUAAUCUCUUCUCAAUGCUUCAACCAUCCUUAUGCACAUUCUCUUGAAUCUAUUACGAGUGGAAUUACGGUUUCUCGUGAUAGUGCAGCAUUAGAUUUCUUUACGGGUGCUAUUAUUUGGAUGGAUGCUUUAUCCUGUGUAUCUACAGGAUCUCAUCCCAUGGCUUUCCGAAUUUCACAAUCGACUCCUCUCGGCCAAAAAAUCCGACUCCUCGUAACCCGACCCCUCAAAGUGCGACCACAAAUUCAAUUACCCUCAAUCAUGGGGAUGUGA